UUCACACCACGUUAAGUCGGAACAUUUAUGAUAAAGGCUUUAAAGAAAGGAUUUAAAUCUGUGGAGUUUUUUCGUGUAAAUAGGAACCUUAUUUAGUUUAACAGCAGUCAUGCUGCUGGUGGACACCGGUGUUUACAUCGGUACUGCAGCGGAUCUAAACGACAGGCAGGCGCUGGAUGCUGGCUCUGUCACCCACAUCCUGUCCGUGGACUCCGUGGACCCCCGGCUGGUGUUUCCUGCAGAUGCAAAACUCCGCAUGAAGUGGAUAGAUGUUUUAGAUGAGGCCACGUCUGACCUUCUCAGUCACAUGGAUGCCUGCUUUGACUUCAUAGAGGAGGCGGUUAAAGGGGGCGGGGCAGCCCUGGUUCACUGCCAGGCGGGUCGGAGUCGCAGUGCCACCAUUGUGACAGCUUAUCUGAUGAAGAAAUACCAGCUGGGCUUCACAGAGGCCUACACCAAACUAAAGAAGGUCAAACAGGAUGUCCAGGUCAACAGUGGCUUUGAGGAGCAGCUCCAUCUGUAUGAAGCCUUGCACUGUGAAGUGGACCCAUCCAGUCCUGUCUACAAACAAUACAGACUGCAGAAGGUCACAGAGAAAUACCCUGAGCUGCAGCAGGGUGCAGCAGAGUUACCCAAAGAGAUUUUUGCCUGUGACCCCGCCCACUCCAGCUCCUCUGAAAUGUCUUACAGAUGCAGAAAGUGCAGACGGACUCUGUUCCGUGGUUCCAGUGUUCUCAGUCAUGCUGUGGGAGUGGGAGCCUCAGCCUUCAGUCACAAGAAGCCAAGUAACCUCACUGGAGACGUCCAGUGUACCUCGUACUUCAUUGAGCCAGUGCAGUGGAUGGAGCCGGCUUUGCUUGGAGUGAUGAAUGGGCAGCUGCUGUGUCCAAAGUGUCGCUCCAAGCUGGGCUCGUUCAGUUGGUGCGGGGAUCAGUGUUCAUGCGGCAGCUGGGUCACGCCCGCCUUCCAGCUGCAUCGCAACAGAGUGGAUGAGAUCCGGCAGCUACCCGUUCAAAAAUGACACACACCUCACCCAGGAAAUAAUCUUAAUGAUUUAUAUAUAUCCUGUGCAUUUUAAUGGUAUGAAUGAAUGCAGUAAUGUAUUUCCAGUGAGCAACAUCUAUGAAUGUUCUAGUCAUUACACAUGUGACUGUAAAUAAAAUAAAUCUGUAGAUUUUGUAUUUAAAUAAAAUUAACUGGU